AUGAGGUUAUACUGUGCGCUUUUUGUGCUACUGGCUGUUAGCGUAUAUAGUGCCGACGUUGAAGCGCUCUCAACCGCCGCUCUCGAUCAUGACGGACAUGAUCAAUUCCUAACUCCUCAAAACAACUUUAAUGGUUGGGUAAAUCCUGAAGAUCUCAAGCCCAUGCCACAAUGCGUAGCGCAGCAAGACCAGUCCACCUGGCUCGAUACUAUGACGAAAUGUACUGCCAAACGGUGCACUUCCCAUUUCGGCUUCAUUUGCACCCAUCACCAAUGGUUGACUCAUCUCGGCUGUCUCAGCGUUGCAUUCUCCCCAGAUGUUAUUGCAAGAGAGUGGCUUGUCGAGGUCGGCGACACAAAUGAGCUCCAGAACCUUUCCCCAGCCUCACUAGCCGAGGGGUACUCAACUGUGGACGUUCUCAAGGCGGCGCCAGGAUGCCUUACCGGCUCAGUCUGUUCAUUUUCAAGGGAGCCUUUCCAGCAGGUAAUGGCUUCCUGUGGCUUUACAAGCGCAAGUCAUCACACAGGAAAUGCUGCUCGGCCCUGGGAAUAUAACGAGCCCGUGCGAUCCAUGAUCGCUCUUGAUUCAGAGACAGUUGGCUAUGACCUUGUCCAGCAGCACAUAAAGGAUGGCUACUACUUUGACAAGGGUUGCUUCUGCAGCGCCUUCGCUGUAGAUUUUGAAGAGGAGCCUUGUUCGGAUUCCGAACGCUUGGACUGGACGAAACAGCGCCUGUGGCUCAAUGCAACCUGUGGAUCAAAGUCCUUACCCGAUAACUGGACGGAUGCACUUAUGACCACACAAUUCGCGUUUAUACCUCUCGACAAUUGGCGUUGGCCCAAAUGCGGCGCAGAUAUGCCAAAGGAGGUCACUGAUCUUACAGAUCAAUGUGCAGCCGAUGCGUGUAAGCUCGAUUCUAGCGGAUACUGCCAAGUCACACGUGCAGUUGACAGGAAAUGCUUUUGCCAGCAUAUCAGCUAUGAUUCCUGUGAGGGUUCGUGCCAGAUAUUCGAAACCCGAAUAGACUAUAUCAGAUGGCUUCACGAUCUUUGUGGUGGUAUUCAGGACUGGCACGGUCUACCAAAUAACUGGCGUCAGCUAUCUGCGCCCACCUUGACCGAGAUGAUACCAUGGCAAUGGGCUCUUAAGCCCUCCAAGGCACCAGAUAUUACCCCUAAUACUCAGCCUGGAGACAUCGAAGCAACCGAAGCAUGUCCCUCGAAUCAGUGGAAAUUUGGAAGCUUUGCUAUUGUAAACAAAGCUACUUUCAUCGCAUUGCUUCUCUGUCAGAGGAAACGCAUGCUUCAAAGCAAAAACAUCAAUUCAGUAGAACACUCACAGCCGAUAUAUUGGGCUUUCAAGGGCAUCCUCCUUGCCACUGUCCAGAUCUUUGCUAACUUGGUCUGUUCUGUGCUGGUCCAGAAAGUUCCGGGCUAUGAAGAGGUUCCCAUAAUCCAACUGCUGCUUCUCUGGAGUUCAAUGCCUCGCCUUUCAUGGCUGGCGAUGUUCUUACUCGGUCUACAACAAUUUGGGCCAAAGAGCCUGUCCGCGGCUGCGUCUCUGUUAUUUGCGGAAAUACUUCUUCAGUUCCUAUCCGCAUAUUACUUCCUCGUGACAGUCUAUUAUGGCUAUGAACACAACUUCUACCUCGGCACUGUAGAAAUAUGGGUACCUGCGAAAAUCAUGUACGCCGGAGCACUCAUGUGGCUUUUCACCGUUAUCAUGGCAUUUGCUGUAUCAAUUCGUGCGAUGCGCAAGAUGGAAAAGUCUCGUGGAUCCGUUUUCACGUCUCUGGAUAUUUCCGAAGAAGGAAUGCCGCCAAUAAUAGAAUAUCACAACAUACGAACGGGAAGGAUGUUUCAUCCCGCGACCGGAAGGCCAAGGGCCCCGGAAGAAGCACCAUUAAUAAGGGAUCAAAGCAAUCGCACGAGCUAUGACCCUCUCCUCGUCAAGCCUCGCCUGAUCUCGCUACCCCACAAGCCACGGCUUGCGGAAUUGUAUGCGGCCACUACCAUUUUCUUGCUUCUUCUUUGGAUUGCACAGUUGCUCUUCUGGGGUGGGUUUAUCGGUCUGAGUUCUGAAGAGUUCUGCCCCCCAAUACUUGGUGUCCUCACAGCUGUGUGGUUGACUUCCUCGCUGGUGGGAACUAUUAUUGCUUUUCGUUAG